ACACGCCUUUGACCUUGUAAACCCCGUCUUCUUCAAACUUCAAAGUCACCUCUGAACAACUCCAUUGCCUAACCUCUCUAAUCUUUCCUCCAUUUCAAGGAUCAGACACAAACCCAUUUCCAAUUUUCUCUUUUUCUUUCACUUCUUUCUGAUUCUUGAAAUACUCAAGAACCGAUUCUGGGUUUGAAUUGGUGAAAAGUUGGGGUUUUUUUUUUUUUGUUUCUGGGUUUUGCUCUGGGGCCUUUAAUGGCGGAUUUAGUGAAGCAGAUCUUGGCGAAGCCGAUCCAGUUGGCGGACCAGGUGACCAAGACCGCUGACGAGGCUAGUUCGUUCAAGCAAGAGUGCGCUGACAUAAAGUCCAAGACGGAGAAGCUGGCGGCGCUGCUACGCCAGGCGGCGCGUGCUAGCAACGACCUGUACGAGCGCCCCACGCGGCGGAUCAUCGACGACACGGAGCAGGUUCUGGAGAAGGCUCUGGCGUUGGUCCUCAAGUGCCGCGGGCACGGCGUGGUGAAGCGCGUUUUCACCCUCAUCCCCGCCGCCGCCUUCCGGAAAAUGCAAUCCCAUUUGGAGAAUUCCAUCGGGGACGUGUCGUGGCUCCUCCGCGUCUCCGCCUCCGCCGACGACCGCGCCGACGAGUACCUCGGCCUCCCUCCCAUCGCCGCCAACGAGCCCAUUCUCUGCCUAAUAUGGGAACAGAUUGCCAUCCUCUUCACCGGCUCCCUCGACGACGCCUCCGACGCCGCCGCGUCGCUGGUUUCCCUGGCCCGCGACAAUGAUCGCUACGGGAAGCUCAUCAUCGAGGAAGGCGGAGUCGGGCCACUCUUAAAGCUCUUGAAGGAAGGCAAGCCGGAAGGCCAAGAAAACGCGGCGAGAGCCAUCGGGCUACUCGGCCGCGACGAGGAAAGCGUCGAACACAUGAUCGUGUCCGGCGCCUGCCAGGUGUUUGCGAAAAUUCUCAAAGAAGGUCCGAUGAAAGUACAGGCGGUGGUGGCCUGGGCCGUGUCGGAGCUCGCUUCCCAUUACCCAAAAUCCCAAGACCUCUUCGCCCAGAACAACGUAAUCCGGUUACUCGUUAGCCAUUUGGCCUUCGAGACCGUCCAGGAACACAGCAAAUACGCCAUUGUUAGCAAAACCACUUCAAUCCACGCUGUGGUUUUAGCCAGCAAUAAAACCACAAAUGUCAAUCCUAAUCUGAAGGUUCAUGAGGAUGAUGAAAUGAAGAAAAUUACCAAUCCUCUUGGGAACAAGAAAGCCAGCAAUUUCCAGAAUGUGAUUGAGACCACAAUGGCAAUGAGAGCUCAAACAAAGAACCCCACAAAUGGGGUUAAUGUUAAUGUUAAUCAUCAGCACCAGCAUAGUCUUUCUGCUGGUUUAGGGUUUAGUCAAAAAGGAAGGGAAUUUGAAGACCCUGCUACCAAGGCUUACAUGAAGGCAAUGUCUGCAAGAGCCCUUUGGCAUCUUGCUAAAGGGAAUUCCUCGAUUUGCCGAAGCAUUACUGAAUCCCGAGCUCUCCUCUGCUUUGCGGUUCUUCUCGAGAAAGGACCUGAAGACGUGCAGUAUAAUUCAGCUAUGGCGGUGAUGGAGAUCACCGCUGUGGCCGAGCAGGAUCCCGACUUGAGGAGGUCUGCGUUCAAGCCCAAUUCCCCCGCCUGCAAAGCGGUCGUUGAUCAGCUACUCAGGAUCAUCGAGAAAGCAGACUCCGAUCUCCUCAUGCCAUGUAUAAUCUCCAUUGGGAAUUUGGCUAGGACCUUUCGAGCAACCGAGACGAGGAUGAUAAGUCCAUUAGUAACUCUGCUCGAUGAGCGAGAAGCAGAGGUGUCUAAAGAAGCCGCCAUUGCUCUAACUAAGUUCGCCUGCAGCGAUAAUUAUCUCCGCCUCGAUCACUCCAAGGCGAUCAUAGGCGCUGGCGGCGCAAAACACCUGGUUCAGCUCGUGUACUUUGGAGAGCAGCUAGUUCAGAGCUCGGCACUCGUUCUGCUAUGCAACAUUGCAAUGCACGUCCCCGAUAGCGAGGAUCUUGCACAAGCCGAGGUGCUGACAGUGCUCGAAUGGGCAUCGAAGCAGGCAAACCUCUGCCACGAUGAGAUGGUCGAGACGUUGUUACUCGAAGCCAAAAGCCGGUUGGAACUCUAUCAAUCCAGAGGGUCAAGGGGAUUCCACUGAAUUUACCAAAGUGAAGAAAUUCUAUGGGUUUGUGGCUCAAUACACACUAAUGGAUAUAUUGAGAGCGGGUUGGGAGCAAACCGACUUGAGGAGGCAGAGCAAGGCAACCCAAACCAACUUCCGAGGCCAAGCGCCAUGCUUGGCUUCGGCCUCGCCCUCGGCGCCGAGUGUGGUGAAGUAGGCGGACAUGGUCAAAGUGCACUAACUGCCCACCCAUUUCUCAUGGACAGUUACGGAUGAAUUUAGUAUAUAUUAUCCCAUUGUCUUGUUAGGACAUCAUCACCUACAUUAUAAUGACAUUAAGAUACUUUGCCAUUAUCAUUUGUUCCUUUAUUAUUGAUAUUGGUUAAUUCGG